CGCACCCGCCGGCAAACAGUAGCCCCUUAAGCCGCAAGACGAUAAUGCAAAGUGCCAUGUUCCUGGCUGUCCAGCACGACUGCGGAUCCAUGGACAAAAGCGCAGGCAACAGCCCCAAGAGCGAGGAGAAGCGGGAGAAAAUGAAGCGGACUCUGUUAAAAGAUUGGAAAACCCGUUUGAGCUACUUCUUGCAAAAUUCAUCCUCUCCUGGGAAAACCAAGGCUGGCAAGAAAAGCAAACAGCAAACCUUUAUCAAGCCUUCCCCUGAGGAAGCACAGCUGUGGUCAGAAGCGUUCGAUGAGCUGCUAGCCAGUAAAUAUGGUCUUGCAGCAUUCAGAGCUUUUUUAAAAUCUGAAUUCUGUGAAGAAAAUAUUGAAUUCUGGCUGGCCUGUGAAGACUUCAAGAAAACCAAGUCACCCCAAAAACUGUCUUCAAAGGCACGGAAAAUAUAUACUGACUUCAUAGAAAAAGAAGCACCAAAAGAGAUAAACAUAGACUUUCAGACAAAAACACUGAUUGCCCAAAAUAUACAAGAAGCUACAAGUGGCUGCUUCACCACUGCCCAGAAAAGGGUAUACAGCUUGAUGGAGAACAACUCCUAUCCUCGUUUCCUGGAGUCAGAAUUCUACCAGGACUUGUGUAAAAAGCCACAGAUCACCACAGAGCCUCAUGCUACAUGAGAUGAAAAAGGGAGCCCCAGAGUGGAGGACAUUUCAUUUGUUUCCUAAGGAGAAAGUCUGUGACCUGCCAAAAAGACUGACCUUGAAUUCAGACUGGGUGUUCAGGAAACAUCACUCAGAACUAUUGAUUCAAAGUUAGGUAUCCAGACAGGAAGCUGGUAACUGUCUAGGAGAAGCUUGUAUCAGAACAGCUUCUGUCACUGGGCACAGAACACAGGGAGAGAGUGGUCUAAGCAUGGUGUUUCACUGGAGAAACAGGAAUCUGAGACUGAAAGAUCCAAUACUACACUGUUGGUCCAUGAGCAUUCAAAAUCAAUAGGUCUGGGAUCAUGUGGCCUUAGCUAGCUGGCUGUACAUCUUUCCCUAAAUAUGUCCGUGUUACCACAUAGUGGUUUUAGUUUUAGAUCUCUAGUACUAGGUAGCGUUAAAUGUUUACUGUGUGCAAAGGUAUUGAAAUUCUGAUUACAUAUCAUCAGUACUGUUCUCUUAUGUAAUGCUAAAGACUGAAACGGCUUAUGUUGGAAUUGUUAAAUGGUGUGUGUCGUAGAAUGAGUGCCAUUGUGUAGAAAAAUACAGUGUCCAUUACGAGUGCCAAACAAUUGUCCUGAAGGCAGCUAAAAUCUGAAGUGGUCUUUGAAUACUUUCAAUAAAUUUAUUUUGAUAAAUAA